CACUCCAUACUAAAUGGAAUCGUCCCAUUGAAGAAAAUGGCUGAAUACAAGGGUGCUGCCAGCGAAGCUGGAAGAGUUCGUCAACUUUUGAUGAAAAGGGAGAAACAACGAGAUGAAUUAGAACGUUUGAAACAGCGCAUAGAACAGGACAGUGUCAGCCGAGUGUCUACUAUCAGUGCAAAAUUCUCAGCUCACUAUGAUGCAGUCGAACAGCAACUCAAGAGCAGCACAAUCGGUCUGGUCACCUUCGAUCAGAUGAGAGCCAAGAGAGAGGACUUGUUCAAAGAGAGAGAAAAAGAACUUGCUCAAUCAUCUAAAGCUCUAGCGAAGGAACGUAAGAGGAAGAAGAAGCUAAAGAAUGCUGGCACUCUGUCAUUUAAUAUGGAUGAGGAUGAAGAGGAAGGAGAUGGAGAUGGUGAUGAUGAUGAAAAAGAAAAAGAAAAAGAAGUAGAUGAAGAAGAGGAAGAUAAGGAAGAUGAUGAGUUUGCAGUAGUGAAGAAGAAAAAGAGGAUAGGGAAGAAUCCGGAUGUGGACACAAGCUUCUUGCCAGACAGAGAUAGAGAGGAAGAGGAAAAGAUGAUGAGGGAAGAACUGAGACAAGAAUGGAGAACCAAGCAGGAAAAAAUCAAAAAUGAUGAGAUUGACAUCACAUACAGUUACUGGGAUGGUUCAGGUCACAGGAGGAAUGUCAAGAUGAAGAAAGGAGACACUAUUCAGAGGUUUCUUCAGAAAUGUCUGGAAAAUCUCAAGAGAGAUUUCCAUGAAUUAAAGGCUGUCAGUGUAGAACAGAUGGUGUACAUAAAGGAAGAUCUGAUUAUACCCCAUCAUUAUAGCUUCUAUGAUUUUAUUGUGACUAAAGCAAGAGGAAAAAGUGGUCCCCUCUUCAAUUUUGAUGUUCAUGAAGACAUUAGGAUGACCAGUGAUGCUACAGUAGAGAAAGAUGAGUCCCAUGCAGGUAAAGUGGUGUUGAGACACUGGUAUGAACGUAACAAGCACAUCUUCCCUGCUAGCAGAUGGGAACCGUUUGAUCCAGAGAAGAAAUGGGAUAAGUACACUAUUAAAUGAUGUGUGAAUGGCACGACUGUGGAGGACUCAAAUGGACCCGUGGAGAAACAACGGAUGCCACUCUCCUCAAUUCACCCAUUACAUGUGACCGUAGAGAGCAAUGGGGCUUUUCCAAAUGUAAUAUUAUAUCAGUAUGUAGUCAGUAGAAACCUUCUAUGGGACAAAGUCAUUUGAAAUUUGUGAAUGAUAUACCGAUAUUGUGUCCAGAUUAGAGGAGAAGUAAAUUUUUAAGAGUAAGUUUAUAAUAAAUACAGAAUUUUAUUUCUAAAAUACCCAUAGAUUUUUUAAUUAUGUGUCCCAAAGUUACAAAAUAUUUGUUAGUAAACAAAACCAUUUUCACAUCACAGAAAAGUUAAAUUUUAUCAGUUCACUUUCACUAAUAGCUUUGACUCAAAGGCAAGUUCAAGCUAUUAAGUGAUUUAGUGUCCCUCAUGUUUACAAGUGAAUUGCCGUUUGGUCUACAACCAGUUAAUCUACUACCUCAAUUGGUCUAUUCCCAUAUGGUAUAUUGUUUGUCUUAUGCCCAUUUUAUCUACUGUCCAUAUGGUCUAAUAAUCAUUUAAUGAUAAGUAACAGCAAUCAUCAAAUGAUUAUUAGACCUUGUGGAUAGUAAUGGUCAUUAGACGAACUGGGAAUUAGACCAACUGAAAAUUAGACUAAUUGAGCAAUAGACCAAGUGAGUAGUAGAUUUAAUGGAUAUUUUUAUUAGACCAAAUGGAAAUGAGACCAAAUGACUAUUUGCCCAAAUGGUUAUUAGACCAAAUGAUAAGUAGACAAAAUGAUUAUUAAACCAUGUGGAUGAUAGACAUGCUGGUUGUAGACCAUAUGAUAAUAGCCCAAUUGGGUAGUAGACGAACUGGUUGUAGACCAAAAGGCUAUAAACCAUUAACAAGUAUUGUUGAGUUUUUAACAUAAACCGACUAAAAGUUAAACGUUUCAUCACUUUGUAAUUGAUCCAGUCAAAUCUGUAGUGGAACUAUAGACAUAUAAAUAAACUUAAUAAGUAUAUGUGAUUCCUAUAUUGGCCAGUAAUGCAGGAGACGGAAUAGAUGGACUUGCUCUCAUUCAAAGCUAUUAGAGGCAAUAAAUAGAUUAGUUUACCCCCCCCCCCCCCCCCCCCCCCUUCCUGAAAAUUCUUUUAGAGAGAGAUGCUGUGAAGUCUUUACAAGAAACAGGUGCAGUAGGAUUUGAAUUAUGAACUCCACAAGACACAAAUGCAAUGGGGUUUGAAUAAUGAAAUGCUUGAGAAUGUUUAAGAUUGAUGUCACUUCAUCUGUAGGUCUGUAGUUGUAAAUUCUUGCAUGUUCACUCACCUCAUUGUAAAUAAAUAUAUUGACAUUUUGUAUAAAAUUCA